GGUUUUAAGGAGUGUUUGUGUCAGAGCCGGAAAGAAUGGACAUCACUAGGCAGGGCACUAAGGAAUUACUACAAGGAAUUUGGAGUCCAACAAUGGUCAGACAUCUUCUGUGAAGUCAGCAAUGGAAAUCUGGAGAAUCCUGGAGAUCUGGUGUUUCCCAAAACCAGAAAUGCUCUCUACUGCAUCCGCUUUGUGCCCAGAUCAACCCAGACCGACUACAUCAGUAUUGAGAACAAAGAUGGGUGCUUCUCUUCUUAUGGUAGAACUGGUGGAAAAGAGGUGGUCUCCCUCAGAAGGAAUGAUUGUGUGUAUCACGGCCUUGUUCAGCAUGAGCUCCUUCAUGCUCUUGGUUUCUACCAUGAGCACCACAGGAGCGAUCAUGACCAGUACGUCAGGAUCAACUGGGAUAACAUCAUUCUUGAUAAGGCUGACAACUUCCAAAAGCAAAACUCCAAACAAAACACUCCAUAUGACUACGGCUCCGUCAUGCACUAUGGGAAAAAUACCUUCUUCACCAAGCCUGGCCUGAAAACAUUCAUUCCCAUUCCCAAUGAGAUGGUGGAAAUCGGACAGAGCCAGGGAAUGUCUAACAUUGACAUUCUAAGGGUCAACAAGCUGUAUGGAUGCUGAAGAUGGAAAAGAAUUAAAUAUGGAUCAUGUGUCUGUAGUUGAGUAGUGAUGUUUGUAUUUACAUUCUUGUGGUGUUCAUGUUCUGAAAUGUGUGAUUGUGAUGGGAAAAAUAAAGUUAAUCAAAAAGUAGAUAA